AUGUUCGGGAAACUAGUAGUUAUUGUUGUGCUCGUUACGCUCGUCAACAACGCAUCGCUUCGAGCUGUAGAGGAUGAAUCGACACUGCAGAAUGAAUCGACACAGCUGGAUGAAGCAGGUAAUCCUAUAGUUAACAACAGAAAUGCACCGGAGGCGCCUCCACGUGAAAUCAUUCAAUAUCUCAACUGCUCUGACUUGCACAAGUAUUCAUUGGCAGAAGAUACCAUUCAACUAAGUUAUAGCAUCAUUUUGGCCGCGUCCAACCCUUGCAUCAUGAAAGCGUCGGUAAUUAUUCUGGAAAACAAUAUUUUUCCCGGUUACGGAUAUGCUUAUAACAUAACUGGAAAGAGAAUAGUAAUGGUUGCUAAUGAAUUCAAAGGACCAGAACAAAAUCAUUACAUAGUUGGAGAUAAUGUACUUCUAGUUAAUAAUACAUAUCAAGGCAACCUCCAAGUUCAUGAAGUAGCGGGAUAUGAAGUCACUGCAUUCUACAAUGUAUUUGACGGUAAAUACAGAGUCCAUCAGUACGCAGCAACUAGUAUCCUGGUAUUUGAUAACGAAUCUAAAGGAAAUCCCUUUGAUGUUAUACUUACGGAAAAUCCCCCGAACUUAACGUAUGGUUUGUACCCUAACGUUCUGUCAAAUUAUGAAACUGGAGCCUUUAAUAAUGUAAAACUACAAACAGAAUACAGUUUAGGCAAAAUGAGUCAAGAAACGUUCGACUUAACGCCUAUGAGCGUUACCAGAUUUCUAGAAGAAGUGAAGUUUGGAUCAAAAAUUAAUCGUCCUGUAGGUGCUACUAUCGUUGGAAAACUCCAAGAGUUAAUUGAUAAUCGUAUUUCAUAUGAUAUAUAUUCCUCACGCGACGAAAAUGGGAUUUAUUAA